AUGGCAACUAGAGGACUAUGGGACCUGAACCAAAUGAUGUCCACAAUGUAUAUUAGUAAUUCAACUUUUGGAGGUGGUAGAGUUUUUGGAGAUGGUACAACUUUUGGAGGUGGUAGAAUUUUUGGAGAUGGUACAACUUUUGGAGGUGGUAGAAUUUUUGGAGAUGGUGCAACUUUUGGAGGCGGUCCAAAUUUUGGAGGCGGUCCAACUUUCGGAGGUGGUAAAACUUUCAAAGGUGGUCCAACUUUCGGAGGUGGUACAGCAUUCAGAGGUGGUCCAACUUUUGGAAGUGGUGCAAAUUUUGGAGGUUUCGGUUUUCAAACUCCCGGAGGUAUCGGAA